AUAUAAAUUACAAUUAAAAUAUGUGAUCAUCUCUGCGCAAUGAUGUCUGUGUCAGAUCAAUACGUAGACCCAAGAUGCUCCGACAUUUUGGCAAGAUCUCGUAAGAAGUUCAUACUGUUAAAAAUAAAUAUGUGUCGCUUCAUAAAUCGAUCCACAAACGAAAUAAGAAAUACCUUCAUAAAGGAACUAAGAUUGCGCUUUGCGCAAUUGUAACAAUUAACAAUUACAUAAUUAAUUAAUUAUAAUUGCACAUAUAUAUUGUCGCACCCUAAGCGUUCGUUAAAGCGUUCGAUGCGCGUCUUUCUUCUUCUUUUCCGUUAGGCAAUCAUGCGGACAAUACUGGCGAUCGCACUGGUGUCCUUCGUCACGGGAACCUUCUUCAUCGCGGCGGCCGUGGCGUCCAAGGAUCAUAAUUAUCCCCAUUUCUUCAAGCACCGGAUGAAGCUGAGGGAGAUCCGUGGUUUCAAACCGGAGUACAUCUCCACGGCGAUCGGAUUCGGGAAGAGAGACGGCCCUGCGGAGAUCCCGGUUCUUGGCGAGCGCGAGAGAGACGCGUUGUCAGUUCUGAGGAAUUUGCCGCGUGUCGUGCCCGCGGAUACGUUACUCCGAAUGAUACAGACGAAUCCCGUACUGGCUGACAAACUGACACAGCUGUCGAUGCAGAGCGAUCGAAAUGAUCAAGAAGAAUCGAUGACGGAAACCUCCCUCGAGGCCCGAGAAUGA